CCACUAGUUCCGCGGACUGCUCGCACAUCCGCAGUGCAUGAAUCUUUGUGCUAUCACCAUCAUGAUGGGAAUCUCUCCAUGAACUGCUGGUGCUAUUUCGGCAGGUCUGAUACCGGAGCACACGGGGCUGACGGAGCAACGACGAUCUGGUACGCUUGGCCUGCGGCUCUCAAGGCGCAGCAUCGGGACGGCAGAGCGCUGGCGAGCGUGGAACGUCGCCUCUCUGCUCGGUGCACAGGUGGGCGGAAGGGAGACGGCGAUGCAGCCUUCCGCCCGGCAGAAGGAACUCGAGGCGCUCUUCGAGAAGCGGCGCAAAGGACACGUGCCGCAGAUCAGCAUUACUGACGACGAUCACCAUGUGACGGAGGCGAUCGGCAGCUACUACGACGAUGAACCCAACCCCCAUCCGCCCUCCGAUCCCCGACCCUUGAGCUUCGUGAGCUCGCAUGAAGAGCGGGUGGACAGCAGAGAGCAGAAGCGCAACAAGCGCAAUGCUUCAUAUUUCGAAUACAAACCAGGCAGUCCCCAGCGCCUUCCGCUGGCCGUCACGGGCAUGAACGAGAAAGUGCCCGGCGUGGCCACCGAGGGCCUAAACAGCAGCUCGACGGGGAUGAAGAGGGCGAGCAGCUUGGGGUCGGAGAACGCAGGGCCCAGCUCGCCGGGCAGUCCAGCGCGGCUCAGUCGGCAGUCCAGCACGGAUACCGCAGUGUCGCAGUUCCCCCUGAACGACAUUGAUUACGAGUCCAGUCCGGCUGCCGUGGCUCAGGAACUGAGUAACCUGCAGGCCAUCCGGCGCAUGUCGAUGAACGUCGAUACGGCCGACCCCGACCUACCUUCUUUCGGAGGCGUGCCCACCACUGCGCCGAAAUCGUCUGAGGAUGAGAACGAUGCCGCUCGACUGUUCUGGGUACCGGCCCGAUUACACCCCGAGUUGGCGCCGAAGGAAUUCAAGACGUUCCUGGAAGAGAGGGUGGAGAAGAUCAAGAGGCGGUCGGGAGACGCAGACAUGUUGUCUCUUGAAGGCCUGGAACGAUCAGGCUCGGGCGCAAGUCUGGCGAGAAGGAAGAGCAUGCUGUCCCGUCAAGUCGAGUCACAAGAAAACUUCGAAGAUGGUGCGGAUAGGCUGGAGAAGAAGCGGUCAAAAGCCCUAACAGUGGACGGCCACGCACAAGUCGAGCUGGCGGAGCUCGAGACAUUGGUCAACGAUCCCGUACAGCUGUUACGGCGCAUGAGUCUCGACACUGCGCGACGCUCAUUGGAUUCGGGUGCAGAGGAUUCGCUGGGAGACGACAUACCAGUGCUUCCUCCCGGCGCCCAAUCGCUCAAACGCUCCACACGGACCGCGUACAGACGAGGUAGCCUCCGGAAGGGCGAGCGCGUUCCGUUUUCAAAGCGUGCUCAACAGCGACAGUCUGGAGCGGAGCCAGAGGAAGUGUCCGCUUCAUCACCCUCUUCUUCUGUCUUUGAAGAGCCCGUCCUUGGCCUGAGUCGAGUUCAGACCGAGCCGACGCCCGCAUCACAUCCUUUGAAAUCCGCCUACCCAUCUCGGGCAGAAGCAAGUCGCAGAUGGAAUGAUGCUCGUGGAGAUCCUCAUCCAGACGAGCUGGUCCAGGACGAGGCAACGCGUGGAGAAGGGCAGCCAAGUGCAGUAGCCCCACAGGCUCCGCAAGACGACGAGCCGCCACCUCGUCCGCAGCAUCGGCAAUUUCAUUCUAGGAUAAUAUCAGGGCCAGGCCGGACGACAGCGCAGUUGCCAGGCUACGACAAUACCGAUCCACUCCCUCAAAUCAUCGAAACGUUGCCAGACGGCUCGAAGGCGCCGAAAUCGAACGUACUCCAAUACAUACCCGAGCGAAAAUCGUCACAUGAGCUGCCGCGCGCGUUCAACCGCGGCGGCGCACACAUGCGACCGGCGCCUGGACGAGAGCAGCGAUCGUCGACUCUGGACGACAUAUCUCAGCGGCCGUCGCCGCUCCCCGGGAGUGGCAAUACAAGCACCGAUGCGCUUACCAUGGUGCCGACGUUUGACGAUCGCAGGCCGGAGAAGAAGGAUGUUACGAGGAAGAGCAGCUGGAAAUGGAUCCUGGGCAGCGAUGACGAUGGAAAGAAGGGCAGGGAGGAGAAGGCAUCCGAAUCCGGCAGUGGGAAGAGCAAUAAACUGAGCAAGGCAGCUGCCGAGAAGACGAGGCUCGACGUCUUACAGGCAUCAAUCGAGGGCAAUUCUCAGGUACGAGGGCGAGAGAGCCUCGUGCUGAACCGCGACCAAGUGCGGCUGGAGGAGGAGCGGAAGCGGGAAAGCAAAAAGUAUUCCGAGCCGAAGAAGGAGAAGGAGAGGGAGUCGGGUCUGCUGUCCGCCAUCUUCGGGGGCAAGAAGAAGGCGUCGGACGGCGACUUGAAGGAGAAACGGCGGAAGUCUGAUCGAAACCUCUCGCCCGAGCCGGUGCCGCGCAUGCUGAAGCCCGACAUUGAUUAUAAUUGGACACGCUUCAGCAUUUUGGAGGAGCGGGCGAUCUACCGCAUGGCGCACAUCAAGCUGGCCAACCCACGACGAGCUCUGUACAGCCAGGUGCUGUUGAGCAAUUUCAUGUACUCCUACCUCGCAAAGGUGCAAAUGAUGCAUCCGCAGGUGCAGAUACCGGCGGCACACCAGAAGUCGCAGCAGCGAAGCCAACAGGAACAGCAGCCGGCGGAGUACAGCCAGUACCAGCGUUGGCAAGAGCAGCAGGAGCGCGAGGCGGCGGCGGCGGAGAGCAGCAACGGCAGUGCGACGAAGAGGACGAGUCUGGAGAUCAUGUCAGGGGGCGCGGUACAGCAGCGGCUGCAUUACGACUACGACGACGACGCUGGGGCAGAGUACGACUCGCGCAGCUCGGAAGAUUACGAAUACGACCAUUCUUAUCAGCAAGCGCAGCAUCACCGAGCGAACGGAGGGGGAAUGAUGCGUGGUGGAGGCGGGGGGUACAGCGUGGCUCAAUCGCACGACUAUCUCGGCCAUCCCAAAGCCCAACAGCCCUUGGGCGCGUGGGAGGAGACGGAGAAGAGCGAGGACCUUUGGUGAUGUUGUCGUCGUUGUUGUUCUUGUUUUUUGUUAUCGGUCUGCGAAGCGUAUCUGCAUUUACAGGUUCAUUCUGCAAACAUCUGAGGUCAAGUCGUGCUGGUUUCUUUCCCUGCCUCUCCUUACUAGGGCCGCACAUGACGGCCACGUGGGCGCAAUAGGCUUCCCGACGCGACCGCUUGCCAUCCCACAGAGGCGCCUGGACACCCGCAAGCGCUUGGGUUUAGAGGAGAUGCAGGCUGGCGUUGUCGAGUUGGUACUUCUCCUUUCUUAUAGGCAUGGGUGCUUUUACGGGGGGGCUCUUGCUUAUAAGUCCAGAAGAGAUAGGGCAGUGUGUGUCCCACUUCUAUCCGUAUUGCCUCCAGUCCAAGGCCUCUGUUUUGCUAGUCAGGAC